GAGAAGGUGCAGUUUCGGUUCAGAACAAAUUACGCGUCUUUUUUCCAUUGUAUUGUUCUUGGGGAAGCAUGGCUACUUUAGCGGAGAUCGUUGGUCUGGAUGAACAAUUACUAAAUGAAUAAUUUGGUCUCCAGCCCCGUAUCCGGUGCAAUCCGAGCCAAAGCGACAAUUUGUUGCAUUUAUCACCAACUGUCCUCUUAGACGACAACGAGUUGAGAGAGGGAGGAUUCCAAGACAGAGGUGCAAAAGACGUUCUGAGUCGCGUAGCAAAACAUAUUUGCGAGUCAGAAGAUCCUUCUCUAUUUCAAGUCCCUGAAAUAACCGACUACCACAUGGGAUAUGCGAAAAGAUCCGCGAACAAAGCGAGUAACAUGGCCAUCGAUGAAGAAGCAGCUAAAGUCUGGAUGACUUAUAUGAAUCUGUCGCGUCUAAAUCAAGAUCAGUCGCGAAAUCCCGAUUCGGAAGGCGAGGAGUCGCAGGAUUCAACUUCAUCAGAUGAAGACAUGGAUAUUGACCCUCCAACAGCGGCAGAUACGUCAAAUGAAAAUGAUGAGGAUGUGGUCAGCCCACAGGAGAGCGGACUAAAAUUUCACUUGAAAGGUUCGCUCAUUCUUUUAUUCUCGAUUCUGUUGAUUUUCUUCGAUAAAAAGAAGAAGAAGAAGAAGAAGAAAAAUUCCGCAAGUUCGGAUGAUGAAAAACCAAAGAUUGGUCCGAAUAAGGUCUCAGAUUUUCUCUUAUUUUGGAUAAUUCCAUAUUUGCUCAGUUACACACAACGAAAAGUACGAGAGAUCAAGGAGCACCACCGAAAACGUUUAAGACCAGAAUUUCCACCAGUGUGCAGAAAGUCGACUCUUGAUAUCAUCGAAGGUGCAAUGUUAUCUUGUGGAGUUUCAGGUGAACUCAAAGCAACUAUUGUGGGAAAAUACAAAGAUUUUUAUAGUACAGAAAAUCUGGAAUACGAGUACGAAUUGUUGCAAAGUCCCGAAGGGACACCUAUUAUCCUGGUCCCAAAGGAUUAUAAAGUCACGCACAUGCCAUUGAAACUUAAAGACGUCGGAACUAAGUGGCGAGAGCUUGGUGAUACAAACCUCCUUACAGUAUUUCUUAGCAAGUUCAUUAAGAGCAGGAAAAUCCAAAGGGAUUUCUUCGACUCAUUGGAUUUUGUGAAAAAUCGGCAGGGUAUCGACUAUGCCAUCAUAUUACCAGAUGAGAAAACAUUCGUUGAACUUAAAGAUGCCUUUGAAAGAGAAAGUCACGAUUAUUUGAUCACUCCGAAAGUAGGACGAAACCUCAUCGUACCCAGACUAGGGUUGGUUACUACCACUGAGAAGCAUUUAAGGGUUUGCUUCACCUAUUUCCAGGGCAGUAAGGGAGAGCAAGUGGCUGCUAUGUUCAGAGCCAUUGGUGCUCAUUUCCUGGAUCACUUUUGCUUAAUUAUCUUGCAUGGCUUGAGCCGGAACAAAAGUGACCCAAACUGCAACAUUGGAAGUCUUUAUCCUGUGGGCAUUGCCAGAAAGGUGACUUUCAGGGGCAACAGUGUUCAGCUGGAGAAGAAAACAAAGAAAUCUGAAAGUAAGAACACAGGAAAGAAGGAUUUCUCAGCCAGCCAGGGUAAAUUUUGUAGAGCAGAAUUUCCCAUAACUUACAAUUUAUGGGAGACUGAAACUAGAAACACAGAGGUAGUGAAGAAUCUGAUCUCACGAGCUGAAGCCAGUUUAGGAUUUAACCCAAAUUUUGAACGUGAUGCACUUCUUCAUGUUGCUUAUGCCACAAAAAGCCAUGAAAAAAAGCUAAAGGAAGAGCCAUUUGGAGCUUCUAUGGCACCUAAUAAGGAGGCUCUAAGCAAGUACCAAAUACGAGCUGUAAAUCUAGAUGGAGCUUUCCUUGGCAAUGUUGUGAGAAGUGGACGUAAGGAGAACAUUGCAGUUGUCCUUGCCAUCAAAGAUGUCUGUGGGAGAGAAGGCUGUUGUUUUGCAAAUGUACGCCAGGCCAUUCAAUCCAUCAUAGUCAAUUUUGUAAGGGCAGCUGUUGUUGCUGGCCUCCCCAAAGUCUACCCAUCAGAACCAGACGAAGAAGACAGGGUCAUAAUUGAAAGUGGUUCGUCUGAGGAUGAGGAUGAGAGUCCUGAUGAUGAACCAUGUGUCAGUGGACAAAAUGUGGCUGUUUCCAGCUCGAGGCUGUUCUCGCGGUGUGUGACAAAAUGGCGGAUACCAACAGCAGCGAUGGAACAGGAGAAAGGCCAAGUGGUGAUAAAAGCAAUGAUUCUGUGAAAGUCACCCUCAUAGCAGAUGAGUGGCUGUCAAAAAAAGGGGGCCUCUCCACCAUCAACAGGGAGCUAUCCAUGCAACUAGCAAAAUCUGAAAAUCUGAAAGUCAGUCUUUUCAUGCGUCAAAGGGAUAGUGCAGAGAAAAACAGGGCAGAAGAAUGCAAUGUUGCAAUAAUCGAGUCACAGGCGCCAAAUGAAGAGGAAUGGUGGAAAUUUCCUCCCACAAACUUUAAAACAGACUGUGUCAUUGGACAUGGUGCAAAGCUUGGAAAACAAGCAGAGUAUUUAAGAGAUAACUUUAAAUGCAAGUGGGUGCAAGUGGUGCACACAGAGCCGGAAGAACUGUCAAGUUCCAAAAGAUAUCCAGGGGCUGGGGCUAAAGGUGAGGAGAAGUCUGAGGAAGAAGUCAGGCUGUGCAGAAAUGCUGAUAUGGUGGUUGGCAUCGGACCAAAAUUGACAGAAGCAUACAAUGCCAAGUUACGCCCUCAUAAAGAAGUUUUUGACCUUACCCCUGGCAUUUUGAAGGAAUUUGUUGACAUCAAACAAGCAUCAAAUGGAGGCAGGAAUUUCCGUGUGCUUAUCUUUGGCCGUGCGGACACAGAAGAUACUUCCCUUAAAGGUUAUGAUCUUGCUGCCAAGUCUAUUGCAGAAUUGCAUAAGAGCGAUAACUCUAUCUAGUUGAUUUUUGUGGGUGUACAAGAUCAGAAGCAUGAUGAAGUGAAAGAAAGGUUAAAAGAUCAUGGUCUUCUUGAAGAAAGAUUUUUGACCAGAUCAUUUUGUAAAUUCAGAGAGAGGCUUGCUGAAAAUUUUCAAGAGGCAGAUCUUGUUAUUAUGCCAUCAAGGUCAGAGGGCUUUGGGUUAACAGCAUUAGAGGCACUGUCUGCUGGCCUCCCAAUACUUAUAGGCUGGAACACUGGGCUUGCUCAAGCCUUAGAAAAGGUGCCAAGUGGAACCAGUUGUAAAGUGAACACUGAUGACCCUAGCAGCUUGGCCAGAGCAAUUAAAGAAGUGCGAGGUAAAGAAAGAAAGAUUAGACUUGAAGAAGCAAGGCGUCUUCGUGAAGACUAUGACAAGGAAUAUCCUUGGGAAGCACAAUGUGAAAAGCUUGUAGAGGAAAUGCUUAAGUUGCACAGACAUGGUAUGCUUAGUGUUGUGCAGUGUAUUCUUGUCAGUGUCUUCAUUAACCAGUAACUCGAGUUUUCAGCUGGGACAUUACUUUGUAAACUAGCUUGCAAAUUAACCCAGCCAGUUUAUUUAUCAUAGGGGCUAGGAGGGCUCGUGGGUGGACUGUGGAAGCUUCAGUCCUGGAGGUGAAAAUGGAAAAAAAAGAGAAUCCUGAUUAAUAUGUAGAUGUUUUCUGCAUUUUAGCAAUAGUGUGGGAAGGAGGUAGAAAAAUGUUUUCACCCUGCUGUGCAAUUUCCACAAAUCACUGCACAUGUAUAUGUACUUGGUAAUAAGAGUUCAUAUCAAGUGAGUGCCUUAUAAAUAGUGACGCCAAAAAAAUCGAUGAUUAAAAUGAUGUCAAUAAUGACAAUUUUUCAGACCUUGCUGAAGUCUCUACAAUUCAACAUGUGAACACUGCACCUCAGCAGGCUUCAUCUAGUCAACUCAAAGGUACAUGUGGAAUGUAAUUUAAAUUAUGAAAAUAUGAAAGGCUAACUCACUGCUGAUU